AUGCAACUUAUUGAUUCAUUUGCUUCAGGAACAACUCUUUCCAAAGUCCACUGGACAGUAUGGGCCGCGGUUCCCGUGGUCUUCUCCGUUCUUUGCAGAAAGCAUGGAGGAUUUUACUAUCGCAGUACCGUCGCUCUUAUCUGUUUGGCUCUGGCAGCGUUCUAUGGCGUCAUUGCAUCCUUAACCCUUCCUUUGAUCGGCCAAGCGCAUUUGAUCAACUGGACUGUAGCUCGCUUUUAUUAUCGCCUGGCAGGUUUCCUUCUCAACAUUUCGGUAAACAUUGAAGGAAAGGAACAUUUAUCCAGCAAAGGCCCCGUGGUGUACGUCUGCAACCAUCAAUCCAGCAUGGAUGUUCUCUUGAUGGGUAGCGUUUUCCCCAAGGCAACCUCGGUGGUGGCCAAGAAAUCGAUCAAGUAUUAUCCUAUCCUUGGAUGGUAUAUGACACUGAGCAAGGCCAUCUUUUUGGACCGAAAAAAUCGGGACAGUGCCAUCAAAGAAGCCCGCCAAGCAGCCAACGAUAUUCAUAACAAGAAGAUCAAUGUAUGGUUGUUCCCUGAGGGUACCCGUGGUCAUCCUUCAGAAAUCAAUCUUUUACCGUUCAAAAAGGGUGCAUUUUAUAUGGCAGCUCAAGCCAAGGUCCCUAUCGUUCCUAUUGUCAUUGCCAAUUACCAUAAUCUCUACAGCUCCAAGUUAAAACAGUUCAACUCUGGUGUUGUACGCAUUAAAGUGCUGCCACCCGUGUCGACUGAAGCCGUGAAACAGGAUUCCGCUGACAUUGAAAAAUUAAGCGUCAGUGUUCGUGAACAAAUGCUCGAAGCACUCAAGGAGAUCUCUGAUCCCAUUGAAAACAAAAAGUCAAACUAA